AUGCCUCCGAGCAAUCAACUAAAAAAUUGCAGAACGGAGGACGAACAUUCGAGCUCACAGGAAGUGGUGGCUAGCCAUGGCGAGACGAGUGAUGAAGGAUCCGAUGGCACAAGGACACCUAGCUCAGAUACUGACGACAGUAUUAACGACGAAACCUUUUUACAACUAUUAGAUUCAGAUUCCUAUUUAUUGGUAGAUAGCAUGGGACAUGAAAUGCUAUCUACGAUAGGAAAACUAUACAAUAUUCGGUUUCGAAGCACUGGGAAGAUAGACGACAUCGAAAAGGCAGUCAGGCAUCACAAUCGGGCACUAGAUCUAACUCCUGAUUUGCACCCAGACUUGCCAGAUCGACAUGCCAGUCUGGGAGUGUCAUACACCGAUCGAUAUCGACGCACGGGCGAGAUGGCGGACCUGGUCAAGGCAAUCGGAUGCGACACUCGUGCACUCGACCUCACUCCUGACGGCCAUCCACGCUUGCCAGACCGACAUGCCAGUCUGGGAGUGUCAUACACCGAUCGAUAUCAACGCACGGGCGAGAUGGCGGACCUGGCCAAGGCAAUCGAAUGCAAGACUCUGUCAUACACCGAUCGAUAUCGACGCACGGGCGAGAUGGCGGACCUGGCCAAGGCAAUCGAAUGCGACACUCGUGCACUCGACCUCACUCCUGACGGCCAUCCACGCUUGCCAGACCGACAUGCCAGUCUGGGAGUGUCAUACACCGAUCGAUAUCAACGCACGGGCGAGAUGGCGGACCUGGUCAAGGCAAUCGAAUGCGACACUCGUGCACUCGACCUCACUCCUGACGGCCAUCCAUCCUUGCCAGACCGACAUGCCAGUCUGGGAGUGUCAUACACCGAUCGAUAUCAACGCACGGGCGAGGUGGCGGACCUGGCCAAGGCAAUCGAAUGCCACACUCGUGCACUCGACCUCACUCCUGACGGCCACCCUGACUUGCCAGACCGACAUGCCAGUCUGGGAGUGUCAUACACCGAUCGAUAUCGACGCACGGGCGAGAUGGCGGACCUGGUCAAGGCAAUCGAAUGCGACACUCGUGCACUCGACCUCACUCCUGACGGCCAUCCAUCCUUGCCAGACCGACAUGCCAGUCUGGGAGUGUCAUACACCGAUCGAUAUCGACGCACGGGCGAGAUGGCGGACCUGGCCAAGGCAAUCGAAUGCAAGACUCGUGCACUCGACCUCACUCCUGACGGCCAUCCAUCCUUGCCAGACCGACAUGCCAAUGGCGGACCUGGCCAAGGCAAUCGAAUGCUUACUCGUGCACUCGACCUCACUCCUGACGGCCAUCCAUCCUUGCCAGACCGACAUGCCAGUCUGGGAGUGUCAUACACCGAUCGAUAUCAACGCACGGGCGAGAUGGCGGACCUGGUCAAGGCAAUCGAAUGCGACACUCGUGCACUCGACCUCACUCCUGACGGCCACCCUGACUUGCCAGACCGACAUGCCAGUCUGGGAGUGUCAUACACCGAUCGAUAUCGACGCACGGGCGAGAUGGCGGACCUGGCCAAGGCAAUCGAAUGCUUCACUCGUGCACUCGACCUCACUCCUGACGGCCAUCCAUCCUUGCCAGACCGACAUGCCAGUCUGGGAGUGUCAUACACCGAUCGAUAUCAACGCACGGGCGAGAUGGCGGACCUGGUCAAGGCAAUCGAAUGCGACACUCGUGCACUCGACCUCACUCCUGACGGCCAUCCAUCCUUGCCAGACCGACAUGCCAGUCUGGGAGUGUCAUACACCGAUCGAUAUCAACGCACGGGCGAGAUGGCGGACCUGGCCAAGGCAAUCGAAUGCAAGACUCGUGCACUCGACCUCACUCCUGACGGCCAUCCACGCUUGCCAGACCGACAUGCCAGUCUGGGAGUGUCAUACACCGAUCGAUAUCGACGCACGGGUGAGAUGGCAGACCUGGUCAAGGCAAUCGAAUGCAAGACUCGUGCACUCGACCUCACUCCUGACGGCCAUCCAUCCUUGCCAGACCGACAUGCCAGUCUGGGAGUGUCAUACACCGAUCGAUAUCAACGCACGGGCGAGAUGGCGGACCUGGCCAAGGCAAUCGAAUGCAAGACUCGUGCACUCGACCUCACUCCUGACGGCCAUCCACGCUUGCCAGACCGACAUGCCAGUCUGGGAGUGUCAUACACCGAUCGAUAUCGACGCACGGGUGAGAUGGCAGACCUGGUCAAGGCAAUCGAAUGCAAGACUCGUGCACUCGACCUCACUCCUGACGGCCAUCCUGACUUACCAGACCGACAUGCCAGUCUGGGAGUGUCAUACACCGAUCGAUAUCAACGCACGGGCGAGAUGGCGGACCUGGUCAAGGCAAUCGAAUGCAAGACUCGUGCACUCGACCUCACUCCUGACGGCCAUCCACGCUUGCCAGACCGACAUGCCAGUCUGGGAGUGUCAUACACCGAUCGAUAUCGACGCACGGGCGAGAUGGCAGACCUGGUCAAGGCAAUCGAAUGCCACACUCGUGCACUCGACCUGACUCCUGACGGCCAUCCAUCCUUGCCAGACCGACAUGCCAGUCUGGGAGUGUCAUACACUGAUCAAUAUCGACGCAUAGGCGAGGUGGCGGACCUGGCCAAGGCAAUCGAAUGCCACACUCGUGCACUCGACCUCACUCCUGACGGCCAUCCUGACUUACCAGACCGACAUGCCAGUCUGGGGGUGUCAUACACCGAUCGAUAUGAACACACGGGCGAGAUGGCGGACCUGUUCGAGGCAAUCGAAUGCGACACUCGUGCACUCGAGCUUAUUCCCGACGGCCAUCCCGAUUUGUCUAAACGCCACUUCCACUGGGCCUACAUCUCACAUCUCCGAUUCCGGCAUACUCGUGACCCCUCUCACCUUGCCACUUCUCUUCAAUCCUUUCGCAAGUCCUCCCAGCUCCUCACUGGCCCACCCCGUGAUGUGUUUGAUAAUGCCCAUCGUUGGGCAACCCUCGCAUCCGAGCACCCCUAUCUCAGUCCCAUCGAAGCCUUCCGUGCCACAAUCGACCUUCUUCCUCACUACAUCUGGCUUGGCUCUACUAGCACUCAGCGCUAUCACGACUUGUCCAUGACUGAGAAUCUUGCUGUGCGAGCUGCGUCUGCUGCCAUCCAGUCUUCCGAGUACAGGCUGGCACUAGAGUGGCUGGAGCAUGCACGAUGUGUGGUGUGGAACCAGAGUCUUAUGCUCUGCACUCCUCUGGAUGACCUGACGGUGCUCCACCCCGACCUUGCAUCUCAGCUGCAACAGGUCUCCCACGAGCUUCACCAAGCAGGUUCUGGAGUUUCGCCAUCGGGUACUGAUCCAUUUGCCGCCCAUACUCCGGAGCGUCGCCAUCACUUGGCUGAAGAAUAUGCCAAGCUACUAGAGCAGGUACGCCAGCAUCGUGGGUUCGAGCACUUUCUGCUGCCCAUCAAAUCUGAUCGUCUCAUUCGCGCUGCUCGAUAUGGGCCUGUCGUGGUCAUCAACUGUCACGAAGCCCACUGUGACGCCCUUUUCAUCUUGCCCGAGUGCGACCAUGUCAGUCAUCUUAGCCUUCCCAAGUUCGAUCAACAGAAAGCGCAAAAGACUCGGUCGGAAAUAGAACGACUGCUUCGAGAUAAGGGCAUUCGGGAGCGUACGUACAGGAUCAAGUUUCGUCGACUCGGAGACACCGAACCAGACGCUGGACCUGUGCUUGCCUCGUUGUGGCAUGAUGUGGUGAGGCCGGUGCUUGCUCAUCUGGGCUACAUGAACGACCAUCCGAGUGGUACUCUACCUCAUAUCACUUGGUGUCCGACUGGCAUCAUGUCCUUCCUGCCGCUACAUGCAGCCGGGGACUACGACCAGCCGCGGUCAAGAGUGUUCGAUUACGCCAUCUCAUCAUAUACCCCAACCCUCGCCGCUCUCCUUGGCUCUGGUCCGCGACCGCUCAACCAGGCUACUAAAGUACUUGCUAUCGGUCAAACCAACACACCCGGCUGUAGUUCAUUGCCUGGCACCGCUAGGGAGCUCGCAUGUCUAGAAUCUCAUAUCAGAGGCAAAGCCAGCUACUCGCAGCUAGUGGAGGACGAAGCGACGGCUACGACUGUGCUGGAUGCAAUGGAACAGCACGACUGGGUGCACCUUGCUUGCCACGCCCACCAAAAUCUCAAAGACCCAACGCAGAGUGGGUUCUACUUACACGGCGGCAUUCUGGACCUUUCAGCCAUCAACCAGCGGACGUUCCGGAACAAGGGGCUUGCGUUCCUGUCCGCCUGUCAAACUGCCACAGGCGACAAGGAGCUACCGGAUGAAGCGAUACAUCUGGCCUCGGGAAUGCUGAUGGCGGGAUAUCCGAGCGUGAUUGCGACGAUGUGGUCUGUGAUGGAUGAGGAUGCGCCGUUUGUAGCGGACAAAGUGUAUGCACGGCUGAUGCAGGAUGGACAGGUGGGGAGCGGAGAAGCGGGAAAGGCACUGCACGAUGCUGUGGCGGGGCUGCGUGAGAAGGUCGGGGAGAAGGAGUUUGCUCGAUGGGUGCCGUACAUCCACAUAGGGUCGUAG